AAUAUGUGGCUGAAAACGGCGCUUCUGCUAUGCUGCGUCCUCGCGAGCACCCUAGCGGAAAACGCGACUGAUAAGAAGAAUCCAGUGACCGUCGAAGAAUUCGUCACGUCUCACAAGCUACCGGACAGCAUAGCGAGGCGAUCCGAAUACGAGGACGACGACGUGGUCGACGUGGAGUCGAAGUCGUCCUCGAAGGACAGCAAGCACGCUAAAAAGGUGAUCCCGUGGUUGGAGAGCUACGAAAAGAAACCGGUCAAUCUGGACCCGGUUCGACGUUUCGAUUUCGGGGAUGACGAGAAAUCGACCGCGAAACGACAGGUCCGUGUCGAGCUGGAAAACUUCAGCGACACUGGUGUCCUUCAAGAGGAUGGGAUCCGAAGAACCGAUGCUCAUAGGUCCUAUGUGGAGAACCAGAGGGACUCUGUGAUACCUGGAGUCCAUGUCAGUGACGAAUACCCAACCACGAUGAUGCCCGUGUUGACGACACCGCGCGAGGCACGUGGGUUCGACUUCGUCCCCGUGAACAUCAUCCGCGACGACGGCAAGGAGACGUCGUUCCGCGACCGUAACUUCGGCGACAUCAGCGACGUCAGUUUAGUCCCGGCCGGAUCGAACUCGCGAAUCCAGGUAAAGAAAGGCCCGAACGGCAAGGAGUACGAGUACGAGUACGUAUAUUAUUAUUAUGACGAGGACGAUGAGAAUAAGGCGGGUUCGACGGACACAGCCGUCACCAAUUCUUACGACGUUCCUUCUAGAACGACGCCCGCGCCUAGGCGCGGCGGAUCGUCCAGCAACAGGAAUAAGUACACUAGCGUGGAACGGAGCACCGUCGAGCCGGCCAGCAACGAGGUGAUACCGAACAGAAACGGGAAUAGGGGCAGGCAGCUCGAAACUGAGGACGUGUCUGACGAAAGACUGCCGGCGAACACCAGGUUUCCACCUAGGUCACGAUCGAACCACAACACGGGGACCACAGAGCCAUCCAGAACUCGUGGAAACCGUCCCAGACCUAGCCUGGACCUGGUCGACUCCAGCAGCUUCCGAACCCACCAGGAAGGUCCAGAAUUCCCUCAAAUCCUACCAAAGGGGCCGGUUAGAUUCCUUGGAGUCACUCCGAAUGAGGAGAUCGAGGAUAAAACAGGUGGCAGGGUACGAGGCAGGCCUCAGAGAGUCCAGGAGCCUGCCCCAGUGGAAGAGGUUUUGGAUGACGCGCCAGUUCCUACGACAAGGAGAAGGCCUAUCAGUAGCACCCCAUCAGCUGAGGAUGAAUUGCCCAAGGCUAGCCUGUCCUCUAGAUCGGACGAAUCCGAGAGCAAAGAAGAUGACUCGUCUUCCACUGACACGAUCAAAGACAAGCAAGACUCCGAGGAGCAAGAUUCCUCGUCGAUUUCCCCGAGCACCGUCUCAGUAGCCACUGACAACCCAACCACAGAAUAUCCAUCAGCCAUGGACAAAGUCGCUCUGGACCUGUACGCUUUCGUGCAACAGGGCCAGAACAACCUGGUAGAAGCCUCUAGCAGCGAAGCUACUUCCGAUGGCACCACGCUUGCGGAUGAACAGACUACUACUGAUGCAACAGCUACCACGGAAUCAUCGGUCACCACGGUGACCGUCGAACCCACGACAGCCACCACAACUACAGAGCCAACGACCACCACUAUCGCAACUACUACGACUACCACCACGACCACCACCACAACGACUACUGAAGCGCCUACCACCACCACCCAGGCAGCUGGAAGAGGAAAGUUCAGGAGGCCUGGACUAGGAGGACCAGCGACCUCUCGAAACAGAUUCAAAUCGAAUGGAGGUGGUAGCACGACGACUACCGAGGCACCGGAACCGACCCAGCGCACCCGAGCCCGCUUCGGUAGUAAUGGCUCCACUGGCGGAUACAAGAGGGCAAGACCAGGACACAAGCAACCGGUCGAAGAGGACGCGGUCCAAAAAGAGAGUUCCAGCUCGGUCCACGCUGAACGACCUUCAGCCACCAAUGGUCGAGGAAGAUUCCGUGGCACCUCAACCACUAGACCCACCGUCUCUACGACCACGCCAUCCCCAUCCAACGGUGGAUCCACCGCACCCAACAAUGGGGUGUCCAGACCGUCGUUCAACAAGCUAAACAUCAACAGACGUCGCGGAAGACCGACGACAACGGCGCCAAACGCCAGCGAGGAGAGUCAAGAUUCCAAGGAGACUGCCAAAGAGACCACUCAGGAGGCUGUAACCGCUACACCCAAGCCGACGGUACGAUCCAGACUGCCAGCCCCAGGAGCAAGACCGCCUGUCAUCAAACCGGGUGGUGUUCGUGUGAACCUGAGACAGAAACCUGGUCAACCCACCACCACGAGCACGACCACGCCGGCUCUGCCCGCGGAAACCUCGGAGGAAGUGUCCGUCGACGAGCCAGCAGGUGAGGGAACCGAGGAAGAGACUCACGAGGCGCCUGCAGAGACCAGCCCACCGCCCACCCGUUCCACCACGAUGAAUCCUCUGAACAAGCUACGCAACCGUAACAGACUCCAAGUCCAUCCGAAGACGACCACCAGGUCGCCGGUGACCGUAGCAGCCAGGAGGUCGCCUUUGCUGCCCCGUCGAAAGGUGACCGAAGCACCAGUCCCUCAAACCAGCCAGGAAGACGUGUCUGAAGAGCCAGAAGCGUCCAGCAGCGAAACAGAAUCCACCGAGCCAACAUCCGCCGAGACCAGCACCGCAGCAAGCACGAGACACGAGGAGACCCGAGGACUCAGCGGACUGUUGGCGCCCAGGCGCAGGAUAGCACCCAGACGUCCUGGACAGAUCAUCGCCCGGGAAUAG